CAGAGGCGAUACACUGUCAGAGGUUCAGUGCCACACACGGGCAAUGGCACGGGACGCGUCUCCUAUCUUUCACUGCCGCCAACAGCAUGCGAGACUCAGACCGACAUGACAGCGAACAGCCGAGGGACCAAAGCCGCUCCUCCUGCGCUGCAGCGGCGACUGUCAGGAGCGGGAGUCCGGUUGCUCCGGUACGCCGUGCUGGUUGCGGUGUGCGCGCUUUGCUACAGUAACUCUCUCUGGGGAGAGUUUGUGCAUGAUGAUAUAUGGGCCAUCACCAACAAUCCAGAUGUCAGACCCGGGUCCACCCUCUGGAGCAUCUUCACCAAUGACUUUUGGGGCAAAAGGAUGGCUGAUAACACGAGCCACAAAUCCUACCGGCCGCUCUGCAUCCUCACUUUCAAGUUAAACAUUUUGCUGGGCGGCAUGACUCCGUUUUACUUCCACCUGGUGAACGUAUGUCUACACUGCAUGGUGACAGCACUGCUCAUGCACACCUGCGAACAGUGUGUGUUCGAGGACAGCGACCUCUCCUUCCUCACCGCCCUCCUCUUCUCUGUGCACCCCAUUCACACUGAAGCAGUGUCUGGGAUUGUUGGCAGAGCAGAUGUGUUAGCCAGCAUGCUGUUCCUCUUGGCCUUUCUCUCCUAUAUUAGGAGUGUGUCAGUGAGCAGAAUUGCUGAUGCUUUCCCCCCAACAGUGUCUGUCUCUUCACUGGCUCUCAGUCUGUUUUUGGGCACCUGUGCCAUGCUGGUAAAAGAGACAGGCAUCACAGUUUUUGGAGUGUGCAUUCUCUAUGAUUUCCUGGUGAUCUGUCAUAAGCCACUCAUCUCGCACUUGUCACGCUCCAGGUUGAAAGAGCUCAUCAGAAUAUCUUUCCCAUUCAUCAAACGUGCUUGUGUCAUCUCGUUACAUGUCACAGUCAUCAUGUCUUUUCGCUUAUGGUUGAUGGGUGGAUCCAUGCCACUGUUUUCAGAGCAAGACAAUCCGGCUUCCUUCUCUCCAUAUCUGCUUACCAGGUUUCUCACAUACUGCUAUCUGCUCUCCUUUAAUGCCUGGCUGCUUCUGGCUCCCAUAGUGCUUUGCUAUGACUGGCAGGUGGGAAGCAUUCCGUUAGUGGAAUCUCUAUGGGACGAACGGAAUAUUGCUUCCCUGAUGUUGGCUCUGGUCAUGCUGGUAUUGAGCCUGCAAUGCAUUACACUACUACAGAAGAUGGAAGGGAAGGAGGUGUUGGUGGGUGUGCUGUUCCUGGUCUUUCCCUUCAUCCCAGCCAGUAAUCUGUUCUUCCGUGUGGGAUUUGUGGUGGCGGAAAGAGUUCUCUACAUGCCCAGUAUGGGCUACUGUGUUCUGGUUGUGCAUGGACUGAACAGACUUUAUUCAGUGGUCAAUCGAUGGGGAGCGGCCGCGCUCACUGUGUCCAUGCUGGUUGUCCUUCUCCUCUUCUCCUGGAAGACCGUCCAACAGAAUGAAAUCUGGCUCUCCAGAGAAGCCCUGUUUAGGUCUGGUAUUAAGACGUUACCUCACAAUGCAAAAGUUCAUUACAACUAUGCCAACUUUCUGAAGGACAGAGGGCGAAACCAAGAAGCCAUUUACCACUAUAAAACUGCCCUCAGACUGUACCCUCGACAUGCCAGUGCACUGAAUAAUUUGGGCACCCUGACUCACCAAGCAGAGGAGGCUGAAAUUUAUUACAGGAAAGCGCUGGACAUUAACCCUCAGCACAACAGAGCUCUCUUCAACCUGGGCAACCUUCUGAAGUCUCAGGGAAAGGAAGAAGAAGCAGAGAGGAUGCUGAAAGAAUCGAUUCGGUUCGGUCCACAUUUUGCUGAUGCCUACUCUAGUCUCGCCUCUCUAUAUGCUGACCAGGGACGUUCAAAAGAAGCAAAUGAAAUUUAUACAAAAGGUAUUGAAAACUGCCCCGACAGUUCGGACCUCCAUAAUAACUAUGGAGUAUUCCUGGUGGACACAAGUCAUGGAGACCGUGCCGCCUUUCAUUACCAAGAAGCGGUCCGUCUCAAGCCAGCUCACUAUGUUGCCAUGGUGAACCUGGGCCGCCUUCUUCGGUCGUCCAAUGACAAUAAAGAGGCGGAGUUAUGGUACAAAAGGGCCUUGCAAGUGGUUCGUAAGGUGGAUAUCCUGACCCCUCUGGGGGCUUUGUACUAUAACACAGGUAGAUAUGAAGAGGCACUGGAGGUUUACAAAGAGGCAGCCACACUGCAGCCAGACAGCACUGACAUCUGGCUCGCACUGGCGCAGGUUUUAGCCAUGGCAAGUCGCUCUACAGAGGCAGAAAAAAUGACCCUUGGCAUAAUUUCAAAGACCAGCAACUGCAUUGAAUGUUAUCGCUUGUUGUCAGCCAUCUAUAGCAAACAAGGAAAUCACACUGAGGCAUUGGAUGCAUUAAAAACAGCACUGCUGCAGGAACCAUCAGAUCCUGCAGUGAGAGCAGAGCUGCACUUCUCCAUGGGCAACCAGCUCAGAGAGAUGAACCAACUUGACAAAGCCUUCCAGAGUUACAAGCUUGCUGUUGAUCUCAAACCUGACCAAUCACAAGCUUGGAUGAACAUGGGCGGCAUUCAGCACAUCAAGGGAGACUAUGCAUCAGCGAGAAGGUACUACCAAAGAGCUCUACAAAUCUCACCCGGUUCCAAACUGCUGAAGGAAAAUCUGGCCAAGCUGGACAGACUAGAGAAAAAACUGCAAGGGGCCUAGAAGAGCAGCUUGACUUGAACUGUUGGCCAAAUCACAGAGGACAUGUAACCAAGAGAGAGAGAAGGGUGGGCAGAGGGUGAAAUAAGACAUGCUAACUACAGUUUGGACUCAGGAGAUGAUAAAUGACUACUUCUUUCCCUCCUCAGUUUAUAAGAGGAACUAAUCCAAAAGACUGGCAUUUGUAGCCUUUACGUCCAGGACUGGACCAUGGAGAUACCAUUGGCAUCAGUGCAUCUUAUAGCAGCAUAUGUCAGUCUCAAAGCCACUUUAUGGCCCAUUUAGACUACAUUCACACAGCAGCAGAAUACAGUUGUCCUGUUUUAGACUGCUGAAUAUGGUUACGUUUACACACAGUAAGGCUAACACAACUGACAAGAGCGUCUCUCUGAUUUAACUGUAGAGCAUUUGAAGGGUCCCUUUUACAUGAAUGGGCUUUUUUUUAAUUCCUCACAUCAGGUGUUUAAGCAGUAGAACAAUCUCUGAGACUGUACCCUAGCCGUUCCACUUGACCACUCCAGCUCCGCUCUGCUUCACUGAUUGCAAAGCUUUGCAGACAAAUGCUCAGAGUUAUCAGAGAUGACUGGCGCUGCGACUGUGCUCCAUGAGCAAGGCAGAGCCUUUGAAGGUUGUCUACUUGUAUUUUGCUUCCAUGUUUUUUAUUGUUGUUUUUUAUAAGUGGUUUAAAUGAAGGAAAAAUUAAUUGUGUGCUUUAAUUUGAACUUUUAUCUUUUGUAUUGCACAUGCAAUCAGUAUUGUGGAAUGUAUCAUGGACUAAAGGCGUAUUGACCUGUGCAGUGAGAUACAUAUCAAUGCUAUUUUCUUCCUUAUAAGCUAUAAGACUGAAGGCUCUUUACAUUUUAAUAAUAUCAUACAUAUAUUCUUUUGAUAUUAACAUUUUAUUGAUUAAAAAAAAAAAAAAAAACAGUAUUGAAGAAACAGAACAUACACACACAGAAACAAAUUAUAACAAAUUAUAUGUCCCUCCCCCUGAAUAUGCUAUUUCUAGCCAUUUUACAUGCACGUUACCAGGCACGAUCAUAUUUUUUUUUUAUCAAGAAAAUUCUCAUUGGAUCAUAAUUUCUUUUUUUCUAGUAUGAUAUUAGGGUAAAUAUCGUAUUCUUGAUCAUAAUUUUUGUAUUGUUUUCCUGUAAAAAUAUCAAAAAAUCCUUAAAACAAGAUCAAUUAGAUUUAUCUUUACAACACUGCAUAAGAUAUUUAGGUUUUUCAGAGAAUGUAUUUCUAACAUGUGUAUUUUGUCUUACUGUACUGGCAGAGUUUUUAUAGUCAAAACAAGUGAAAAAAAUUUACCAGUGCUGAAAUAAUCCAAAGUAUUUAGAAUACAUUACUGACCUUGAGUAAUCUAACGGAAUACAUUAUAAAUUACAUUUUACAGCAUAUAUUCUGUAAUCUGUAGUGGUAAACGUUUCAAAAGUAACCCUCCCAACCCUGUACGUCACAUAUAAAACUCUGAACCCUCAACCAAAAUUCUUGGAUCUUAACAUGCCACCAAAAAACAUGGGUUGUGUCCCCAUCUUCUGAUUGGCAUUGCCAGCAGGUGGGUGUGUCUUUUAAGACAAAGCCUAUACUAUCUAGAGGGGGUCCAAUAGAAUCUAUGUAAAAUCUUAAAUUGCAUAAGGCGCACCCUUGCAUCUCUAGAUGUAGACUUGAUGUUUUUUAGAAUCCUAGCCCACACUCCCUCCUCCAAUACCAAGUUUAAAUCUUUCUCCCAUAAUCUCUUGAGAGAAGUUAAAGCUCCGACCCCCAGACUCUGAAUUAGCAGGGAGUAAUACACUGAUGCCUCAUGACCUUUUACAAAGGCAGUAAUCACCACUCACAGAGUGUCUGCUGCUUUAGGAAGGGUGUAUGCUACUCCCAAAAAUGGUACAGAGCAGGUGGCGCAGCUGUAAAUACCUAAAAAUUGAGACCUGGGAAUCCCAAAAUGUUGAACCAUAUUUUCAAAAGAUCUCAACACUCCACUCUCAUAUAGGUCACAGAGCGUAUUAACCUCCCUCUCUAUCCACUCUGUCCAGCAGAAAUGGUACUUUUUAAUACAUAAUUUUGGGUUCAGCCAUAUGAUUGAGACAACAUUUAAAUAAAUGUCUGAAUUAAACGCUCUGGACACUUUUGUCCAUACCGCAUGCAAAUGCGGUUAAUGGGGUGAAACUUCUCCGGUUAGUUUGAUAGAAAGGCUUUGCAAUGGCAAAAUAGGGGCAAGAACUUGGAAGCGACCAAUGGGCCAAAUGUCUAAGACCGAAUGCAUAAUAAUAAAACAAAAUCUUGUGUAGGCCUAGCCCACCUUUGUCAAUCGGCCUAUGUAAUUUAUUGAAGUGUAAUCUGGGACGCUUACCAUUCCAAAUGAAGGACUUCACUAUGCUAUCAAAUUGCUUGAAAUAAGAGAGGGGGACAUAUAGGGAGAGAUUGUAGCAGGUAGUUGAAUUUUGGAAUACAUUAACCUUACCAAUCAUAGAUAAAUGUAAUGAAGCUGACCUGCCCACAUCACUUGAAAACCUUUUUAACUAAAUCACACAAAUUUGCUGGGAAUAAAAUACACAAAUACUUAAUGCCCUGUUUAGGCCACUGGAAGGUGCCCGGCUGAAAAGCUGUUACAGUGCAAUAAUAAAUUAACUCUGUUUCCUGAGACCUUAGAAAAUGAAUGAAUAAUUCUGUGGAGGCAAGG